AGGGGGCGCGGGGCGCCGCGGGUUUGGGGGCGCGGGGAAGCCUGAGGACGAGGGCCGGGCAGGGAGGGGAGCAGAGGCGGCGGGCAGGGCCGGGGACGCGGGGAAGCCGCUCCCGCCAGUCGCCGAGAGCCAGCCCCUGACGUCAGGAGUUUUCCUCAAAGUCAACAACAAGCCCCGCGGCGGCGGCGAGAACCGAUCGGCGGCCGCCCCGAGCGGGAGGAAGGAGGGGGCGGGGAGGCGGCGAGGGUCCCCUCGGCGAGGCGCAGCCCAGGAGGAGGCCGCAGACCCCCACCCCGCUCCGGGCGCGCCCGGGGGCCUAGAGCCGCCGCCCCUCCGGCGUGACCCGGCCCCCGCCCGAGCGGUGUUUUCUGGUGAUGAAUUUGUAGCCGAUAUCCGAUUCCCAAGUAGAGUCUCCGCCUCCUCCUCUCCCCGCCGCCGCCCUCUCUCCUCCCUCCCCCUCCCGCCGCCGCCGCCGCCGCCUCCCGCUCCAGCUCCGCGGCCCGGCCCGGCCGGCUCCCUCCCUCCCUCCCCUGCAGCCCUUCGCUUGCCCUCCCGCCGGCCGCACCGGGCUCCAGGAGACCAGAGGCUCUGUGGGGUGGGGGGAGGACAGGAGGGGAGGAGGAGGGAGGGGGGACCCCCGAGUCGCCCCCUCUCCUCCCCCCGCCCCCCCGGCUCCAUCCUCCGCCGCCGCCCGAGCAGCUGCGGGGCCGCCGCCGCCGCCUUUGCAGGAGAAUAUAUAAAAAACUGGAGGCCAAGAUAUUUCCUUUUGAAGACAGAUGGCUCAUUCAUAGGAUAUAAAGAGAAACCUCAAGAUGUGGAUUUACCUUAUCCCCUCAACAACUUUUCAGUGGCAAAAUGCCAGUUAAUGAAAACAGAACGACCAAAGCCAAACACAUUUAUAAUCAGAUGUCUCCAGUGGACCACUGUUAUAGAGAGAACAUUUCAUGUAGAUACUCCAGAGGAAAGGGAAGAAUGGACAGAAGCUAUCCAGGCUGUAGCAGACAGACUACAGAGGCAAGAAGAAGAGAGAAUGAAUUGUAGUCCAACUUCACAAAUUGAUAACAUAGGGGAAGAAGAGAUGGAUGCUUCUACAACCCAUCAUAAAAGAAAGACAAUGAAUGAUUUUGACUAUUUGAAACUACUAGGUAAAGGCACUUUUGGGAAAGUCAUUUUGGUUCGAGAGAAGGCAAGUGGAAAAUACUAUGCUAUGAAGAUCUUGAAGAAAGAAGUCAUUAUUGCAAAGGAUGAAGUGGCACACACGCUAACUGAAAGCAGAGUAUUAAAGAACACUAGACAUCCCUUUUUAACAUCCUUGAAAUAUUCCUUCCAGACAAAAGACCGUUUGUGUUUUGUGAUGGAAUAUGUUAAUGGGGGCGAGCUGUUUUUCCAUUUGUCGAGAGAGCGGGUGUUCUCUGAGGACCGCACACGUUUCUAUGGUGCAGAAAUUGUCUCUGCCUUGGACUAUCUACAUUCCGGAAAGAUUGUUUACCGUGAUCUUAAGUUGGAGAAUCUAAUGCUGGAUAAAGAUGGCCAUAUAAAAAUUACAGAUUUCGGACUUUGCAAAGAAGGGAUCACAGAUGCAGCCACCAUGAAGACAUUCUGUGGUACACCAGAAUAUCUGGCACCAGAGGUGUUAGAAGAUAAUGACUAUGGCCGAGCAGUAGACUGGUGGGGCCUCGGGGUUGUCAUGUAUGAAAUGAUGUGUGGGAGGUUACCUUUCUACAACCAGGACCAUGAGAAACUUUUCGAACUCAUAUUAAUGGAAGACAUUAAAUUUCCUCGAACACUCUCUUCAGAUGCAAAAUCAUUGCUUUCAGGGCUCUUGAUAAAGGAUCCAAAUAAACGCCUUGGUGGAGGACCAGAUGAUGCGAAAGAAAUUAUGAGACACAGUUUCUUUUCCGGAGUAAACUGGCAAGAUGUAUAUGAUAAAAAGCUUGUACCUCCUUUUAAACCUCAAGUAACAUCUGAGACAGAUACUAGAUAUUUUGAUGAGGAGUUUACAGCUCAGACUAUUACCAUAACACCGCCUGAAAAAUAGGCAGAUUCAUCAAUAGUGCUGAUGUGGACUCAGCAUCCAGGAGAGGGAAGAUUGGAGGGAAAUGCUGUGCCAAAUAUGAUCACUGGCAACAGAUUUUAGUGUUAAAAGGCAAACAAGGAGUCAUCUAGGCAAAGAGGCCUUAACUGGCAGCCAGGGAACCGUGAACGUCCUGAAAGUAAAGGUGUGAUUAUGUAUGUGUGCUUUUCUUUCUUUAGAUUCACAAGAAGUUAAGGUGCUCGGGGUCCUGUUGCGGCCAGUCAUAGCCAGGAGCAGGGUUACGAGCUUGGCUGAUGUGUAGGCUAAGUUGUGAAAUACUAGUACGUACAAGUGAGCCACUCAUGGUCUGUCCUGUGGUAAGGCAGAGUUUCCACCCAGUCUUGCGCCAUUGCUAGAAUUUUAGUAUCACUAAGAGUCACAGACAGUGUUGGAAAGCCUGUGGAGUCGUGGGCAAGUAGCUCAGGGCUUUCUGAGUAGAAAUAAUGGGCAUAGGCCCUUGGCUUCUGUCCCCAGCAUGGACUGUGGCAUUAUAAUUUUCCACAGUCCUGGGUAACACCAGUGAAUUGCUGGAUUGGCCCAUGGGCAGUUCCUGCCAUUGAGCCUUUGCUAGGCCCUUUCAUUUGGAUAUAAUCCUAAUUGUAAGCAGGCCAUAUCAUUUCUCUGCUUAAAGCCUUCCCGUGCCGUCCCAUUGUACUCUAAGUCCAAAGUUGCUCAUAUUGGUUUGCCCAGCACUGACUGAUCUGGGCCCUGUCAACCUCUCUGACUGCUUCUUUGUUCCCUCUUACCCCACUGUCCCUGGGUUGCAGCCAUACCUUCAACAUGCCACGUUACCAUGCCUCGGGAUCUGGGUGUCCCUGCCUAGAAUGCUCUUCUCCCCUGAGACUACAUGGAUGACUCCUCGUUGUUCUUCAGCUUGCAUGUCAUUCUUUGACCUGGUCUGAAGAACAUCAGACAACCCUCCCUCCCACUCUUCAUUCACUGCAUUGGCACCUUUACUUGCUGGUAUUUUUCUGGUUGAUUUAUUUGUUUAGUGUCUCUUUCCACCAUUAGCAUGCAGUGGCUCAGAGAGGAGGGAUCUGGCUUGUCUUGUUGUUAGCCCAAGCUCCUAGUUAGAUGCCUGGCACAGUGUGUGUAUUAAUAAUACUUGUUAGGUGCAUGAAUACACAGAACAUGGUGAAUGCCUAGGAACUUAAGAGCCGGGAGUAGACCCAGGCUUGCCUUCCCUCUGAAUAUCCAAAGCAGACCCUGGGAUAGGAAGGCCUGACAGGUCUCUGUCCUCAGUCUCAGCCGCUUUGAGAAAGUUUUCGUUCUUAAAUAGAGCAUUUGGCAUUUGUGUAUCUUUAGAGCAACUAAAUAUGUUAUUUUGGAAGUCGUAGAAAUAAGUAGGCUCUAAAAUGUGGAGCCAUGAGUAGAUAUUUUACUUCAGAAAGCUAAAGGUGAAAUCCCAAUUUGGGACACAGAGUGAGGUUGAAAAAGCCCAGGACUUGGACCUGGGGAACCUGCCUUGUGUCAGGCUCUGCCCCUUACAGCUUUGGGAGAUGGCAGGUCACUCUGUCCUCUCGAAAAGCGGGAAGCAGGGCUGAUAACCUCUCGGUGGCCUGUUUUUGUCCUCCCAUAUGCCUGAGAAGCCGUAAGCCAUCUCUUUGGGAUGAGCACCGAGAGUUCUGCAAAUUUGGAUCACCUUAUUUUCAUUUCUGCUCAAGCACCGGAGUGGCCAGUCCGUAGUGUUACCGUGUGCUGUGGUCCACUCCAAUUAGGGGAUGAUAGACCCAACACAGCAAACACCUGCAGGAGUGGUGUGCGUGCAGGGCAGGCGGACGGGGCUGAAAUGCAGGGCUCAGAAGGGUGAGCCUAGAAAGACCAGAGCAAGUCAAAACUGAUUUGGUUACAGAUCAGGUAAAUUAGAAGCUGUUGUAUAUGCGUCUUAGCUAGUUAUUUAUUUUUUCAUGAUUGACGUGAAUUUUAAACCCCUAGCUUUCAAGGAUCAGAAUCUCUUCAGAAUUCACCUUACCUGCCUUAUUCCCUACUCCACACCCACAGGUCACUUGUCCUGAUGAGAAUUUGUCAUUAGUAUGCAUUUUAUUGCUCAAUUUCUAGGACUUCUAAAAUGAGACUGAAAUGUUAGAAGGUGUUUUACGUCCCCCAGCCCAGUUUGUAGAACAUAAUUUGAACCUGGUUGCUGGCUUCAUUAUCAGCAGUAUAAAAGCCAUCAAGAAUGUUUUUCCUGUCAUGUCAUAUUUUGCCACUAAUGGCAACUCUGUUCUUAAAUAACAUGUUGUUUCAGACAUGGGUCAUGCUGUAAAAGCCCGACAACCUGGGUGUCUUUAAAUGAUAGUAGGUUCCCUUCUAGAUUGAGCCAGAGAUACCUGGAAGCCUGCAUGUUGUAGUAACUUCCAAGAUGGUUAUCAAAAUCCACCUGCAGUUGUUGCCCAUGAAAGUCCGGAUUUUGUCCAGGCAUGGUAGUGCACACCUGUAAUCCCAGCACUUUGGGAGGCCAAGCUGGGUGGAUCACUUGCGGUCAGGAGGAAUCUGAGACCAGCCUGGCCAAUAUGGUGAAAUCUCAUCUCUACAAAAAAAUAGAAAAAUUAGCCAGGCAUGGUAGCGCAUGCCUGUAAUUCUAGCUACUUGAGAGGCUGAGGCUGGAGAAUUGCUUGAACCCAGGAGGCGGAAGCUGCAGUGAGCCGAGAUCAUACCACUGUACUCCAGCCUGGGCAACAGAGUGAGACUCUGUCUUUAAAAAAAAAAAAAAUCUGGCUUUUGUGGGGUGUGGUUCUGCCCUGCUCCUGGGCCCUGGGCGGUAUGGAAAUGAGAGCCCAGGAGUGUCAUCUGGGCACACCACAGUUGGGGAGGGGAGGACACUGUGGACUUCCUGUGUUUUUCCCUAUUCAGGACCUCUCUAGAAAGGAAAGUCAGAGUAAAGAGCACAGCAGAGUGUGCCCAGGCAAAGACUAGCAUGGACGCAUCUGCAGGCACCUCUGUUCAGCAGCCUCUCUUGCUGUCUGUGUAGCUCAGCUCAGCUCAGCUCAGCUCAGCGCUUAGCACUGGGGACCACCUGGCCCUGGGCUUCCUGUCUUAGGGGAACCGCCUUGAUGGUGGUUAACUGCCGCUUCUGGGUUCUUCUAGGGCAAAGGGGCAAUAUUUUUAGUUUGGCAGUUCCGGAUACAUUCUAAAUUCCCUUACGGGGCAGAUAAAAGGAGAAUCAGGGCAACUUUGAGCUGUGAUUCCAUUUAACAUAACCUUUUUCUUGCAGCUUUGGAUAGUUUAACUGGUGAGAAACCAUUGCAGCUCCCUAAAGGCUAACACAUAGAGGUUUUCUUGAUAAAAGUCCAGAGCAGUACCGCUCGUUAGCAAUUGUCUUCCCACUUGCCACCUUGCUUGUAUAAAACAGGAUACAGUUACUGUUUAGAACAAAUCAUCAGUUAGAAAGGCAAAAUGUUCCAUUUUCUACAAACAGCUGCAGUAACAUGCCAGAUUGUCCUCACUGGUGUUAAUUAGUUGAACAGAUUUCGGAAUGUAUCAUCUUUCGUUAUAGCCAUUCAUGGUCCUCUGCCUUCCUCUUACAGAAAAAGGGUUUCUUUGAGAUCUGGUCACUUUUACUGCCAUAUAAUGACAUUUGUUAAAUGUUCUAAGAAAAUCAAGCAACUGAUGUUCCUUGGAUCCAGGAAUUCAAGAGAUGUAGCGUGUAGAGCUGAUCAUUGUCUUCUUUUUCCAGAUGCGUGUUUUUGGGAGACAUAGUUCAUGUGCAUUAUCAUCACUGUUUCCUAUGGACAGUCUCUCAUGGCAGGAACUAGCUUGUAUGCGUUGACAGGCUCCGACUCAGUCAGCUGCCCUUCCUCCGGCCCCCUCCCACCGCAGCCCCUGCCCAGGCUCUCAGCUCUUGUUGGGCCAUGAUCAGAGAUGUUCAUGCCCCACUGUUACCAAGCCUGACAACAGAAGGGGGCUGGGAUAAUGGAGUGAGAUCAUCAGCUUUAAAGAAUAUCAAGGAUUGGGGUCCUCAGGGUUAUCUGUGAAAUUUCCUAUAUUCAGAAUUGUGAUGAAUGUGUUGCUGAAGUGACAGAGUGAAUGUUCUCCCUUAAUUCUUAGCUGACACCCAGCAAGAGUCCCUCCUCCUCCAAAAGGGUGUCCAGCACCUGCCCCUGUUGACUGUGUGGCUAACCUGGGUGCUGAACCUCGCCAGGCUGGAGUGAGUCCUGCUGUGCAGAAACACUAGCAAAAUAAGGCUGUUGGUGAGGAAAACUGUUUAUUUGAAAUGUGAUUGGCACAUGUCAGAAUCUGAACAUUAAGGUUUUAGCUGCCUGUAUUCUCUAGAGAGUUUUUAUACUGUGUGGCUCAACUGCAGAUAUGCCACCAUUCCCAGCUCCUCCUGUUUUUGCUGUAGCUAAAAAUACUGCUGAAGGUAUUUUAUAUAAAAGAUGUAUGUGGCUUGCUUGGUACAAAUACUGGAACCAAUAACUUUAUAAGGGGGUGGAGGUUUCCCCAAACCUUAAUAACUUCUAGAAAUCCUGACUGCAGUUACAAUGGUCUGCUUGCAGAAGGAGAGAGGGCCUCUGAGUUCAGUGUGUUACACAGAGCAGGGAGCCACAAAUACAUCUUCAUGGGUCGGUUCUCACCUAAUUACAAGGAUAUCUGCUGGUACAUUAGAGGUCAUAAAUUUUGGCUAAUGCCAGCUUGAUUACAUUUCUUAGAUUCUUUUGCAUUAAGAAUGGGAUACAGAAAAGAAAAACAGUGAGACACAAACAGAAGGGUUUAUUCUUCAGAUGAAGGCAAAGCGUCCUCCUGUUUGGGGUGACGGGAUCAGAGCCUCAGUGCAGUGGGAUCUGGCCUGUAGGUUUUCUUUGUUUGCAUUCAUUUCCGGUUGAUGCUCCCUAGAGAGGUUAGAAAGGCAAAAAAAUUGGUAAUGUACUUCCUAGGUGGGUUUGAGGAAACUGAAUGAAGAGAAAAAGGUUGAGUAUUUGAAAGAUUCACUUAUUUCUAUUGCAGGCCAGCAUAGAGUAGAGCAGGGGAUUUAAAAUGGAGCCCCUCCCCAGGAGACCGUGAGUGCAGGGGCCCUUGGGAACUUUGUUGAGAGUUCUGUCUGUUCAUGGACCUGACGGGUGCUCAGCCCAGAGCAGAUGCCUGGGAGCGCAUGUUGACUGAGUGGCUGACCAUGCAGCCACAUAGAAGAAGAGCCUCCCGACAGUACAGGACUGUCAUCAUAGGACAUUUAUAAGAAGAGGGUGCUGAUCAUCUGUGAUCUUUGAAAUACAGGAAACCAGGAAAGCUGAGAGGAGGAACACUGUAAUUGUAAGCAGCCUGUUUUGAUGCCUUUGAAGUCUCUAUUCUCUGGUGUUUGCUGAUGAGCUAGGACUCAAGAUACUGACAUCAUUCCCUCUGGUUCUUUCACUUAGUCCCUUCAUUGUAAAGUUUUAUUAUAGGGAAAUUGGAAGAGGUAAGUUAAGUCUGAUGCUAGAUGUUGAAUAAAAUUUUGUAGGAAGCUAUAUUUUGCAAUUUCACUGAAAGUAUCACAAAGAAAAAAAUACAAGCAUUGGAAGACAUUUGAUGAUGGAUUCUGUAGACUUUGGAUGCUGUAGGUUUAACUGACUUGCAGUUUUGAUAUAUGUGGUUACAUGAAGUGCAAGGUUACUGAAGACUGCUCCUCCUUUACAAUUUCUGUUUCCUUCAAUACCAUUUUUUCACUGUUACACUGAGUCUUGAAAUUUUGAUGUCUUAGAGAUGAUUCUAUAGUGUUAUUUCUUCAUAGACUGAAAAUCAGAUGAUUUUUAAAGCACAAUUACUGUAUAGCUUAUUGAUAAACACAGGUUUAUGGGAGCUAUUGCCUGUAUUCAUCUUUCCUAUGUUCAGAGUUUAAAAAAAUAGACCAGAGAUAAUGUUGCAAAAAAAACGUGAAAUUAAAAUAGAUGUUUCCUGC